UGUGUGUGUGUCCGCGCGCUGAUGAGAACUGCGGUGUGCAGUGAGGAGCAGAUAGAGUUCCGUGUGCAGCGCCUCCUCCUGUAACUCAGUAUAAACUUAGAGGAGUGUCAUUACCACAGAGGAGGAUGACUGAAACUCCGGACCACUGAACACUCACUCCUCGGGCUGUUUCACAAGAAUACUCCGCCAUUCUCACGCCUUUCUCUAACGCUUUCCGAGAGAAAUGAAGUCUCGGUUCGGACGCUGAAGCGGCAUCUUUUGAACAGCGGAGGACCACACACACACAAACUCACAAUGGAGCUACGUGGAAACAGCAGGCUUCAAGAUGGGUACCAGUAUCUGACUGGUCAUGAAUAUGACCAAAUUCAGGCAGCACGGGGUGAUGGAUCAGGAUCUUUUGGAGUGAAGGUACAGGUGCAAGGUAUACAGGGUCGUCCCUAUGUUGUACUAAAUGGACAAAAUAAGUCCUCACAACCUCCUGUCCACCCAGAUGUCUUUUUUAUGGAUCAGCCAGGCCAAGAGUAUGUUUCUACCAUGAAUGGUCAAGGUUUAAGCAUCCAAAGGUCUUUAAUGGAUUACAGGUCAAUGAGGCAGAUGCAUACACCUUCAGAAGUUCAGCUGUCUACUAAUACCCCAUCGUCUCCCAUGCUAAACUACCAGAGACACCCUGGACUUCUCAGACCCUAUGAUCCCAGAAGCAACAACUUGGACCAACAUGACUCUCCCAACCAUAUUAAGACUAAGUCUAACUCUGACUUAAAUCAGUUCAGUACAAAUACUUUACCUGUGUAUGCAUCCAACGUAAUGGUGAAAAGAGCCAAAAUCCCCCUGCCUGGUACAGGGAGAGGACAAACUGAAGAUAAUGUAGAUUCUGGACAAUCGUCAGCAGAAAGUGUACCUUGCCGCCAAUCACAUAUCAUCUGCAGGCUGUCCGUGCCUUACUCUGGUGAGGACAACGGACAUUCCUCAAGUAGGGUCGGUAGAGUUAGACAUAGAAAACAGGUGGAUCCCCAAGAGAGAAAAAGAUCACAAAGUGCAGGCGCCUCUAGUUCUGGUCACUCUUCCAGGACAAGCCCUGUAUCUGCAGGAGGGCAAGGGAUGGGAGAAGCGCUGGCUCCAGCAGCCUCAUUUAUUGGCUGUGUGUCUCGAAAUGACAGUCUUCCAAAACUGAGGACAGGAAAUAACAUUUAUGAAGCAGAUAUGAGAACUCUAACUGCAGCCGAGUUUGACGGACAGAGGAAUGAAAGGAUGUCACCAAGAUUAGGAAGAGUUAAUUGUAGAAUUGACAGAGGAAACCCAACCAGAUGUCUUCAGCAAAAUGGCGGCCAUUCAAGCCCAGAAAGGGAGGCCCAGGUUACCCCUGAUAUUUUGAAAGGACAGCAGGAGCUUGUGGACCAGCCAUGUGAAGAAGUGACUAAACUAGCACUGUUCAACUACCUCAAAGAAGGGAGUGGUGAGGGAGAUGAGGUCAUCAGGCAGAAGGUAAAUCUACUGUUUGAGAAGAUCCAGAUGGUGAGGUCAUGUGCUGUCCAGAAUGUGGAGGAGAUGUCUGGCACAGUGGCUAAAGUAAAAGAGCUCCAGGAGAGAAAAGAGGCACUGGAGAGCCAGGUCGCUCAGCUAAAGCAACAACUGGAGGAAGAAAUUAAAAACAGAGAGAGUCUAUCAGAGACACAUGGGAAGAGUUCAGAGGAACUGAAAAGACUGCAGGAGAAGUUAAGUAGGAGUCAGCAGGAGCAAGUCUCCCUCCGCCAGCAACUCACUGACAUGGAGAAAGAGUUGCAAGUCUCAAUAGAAACAGUCCUGCAGAUCAAAAGGGAGCGCGAACGAAGUCGGGCAGAGGCAAAGAACCUGCAGCAGCAGCUCUCGGACGUGCAUGAUGUACUGGACAGCACUAAGAGCACACAGCUCAAGGAGAGGGACAGCAUCCUACAGGAGCUGGCUAAUUUGCGCACAGAGUUCCAGGAGCUGCAGCAGGUGCACGAGGAACAGGAGGACGUUCUGUGCUGGAAGGAGAGGGAGCUCAUAGCCAUAAAGGGUGCGCUUCAGGAAGAGAUUUCAGCCCACGCUAAAGAGGUGGAAACACUGAAGGAGCAACACAAGGAGGAGGUUCAGAAGCUACUCAAGGCCAACGAAGAGGUUAAAGAGAAUGUGGCAGCUUUGGCUCAGAAGAAAAAGGAUGUGGAGGUUGGGCAGAGGAAGAGUCACGCCCAGGUUCAGGAGCUCAGCCUGGCUAAAGAGCAACUCCUCGGCCAAGUUCGUAGUCUGGAAACCCAAAUCACCACCCUCAACAACAUCAUCCACCAGUCAAAGAGCCAGGAGCAACAGCUCAGAGAACACCUGGACAAGCUGAUGGAGGAGAAGCAGAGACUUGAGGAGGAAUUUUCUGAGGUGAGACAGCAAGAAGAGGACAUGUGUGGUGUUAACAGGGCUCUGACUCGACACCUGGAGGACACACAGAGUGAGCUGACGAAGCUGAACCAGGAGCAUCGUCAGCUGAAAGAGAGACUGAAGGAGGAGGAGAGGCAGAUGGAGGAGCUCCGAAAGAACAAAAGGGACCUGGAGCAGGAGAGGAGGAAGCAGGACAGAGAAUUUGAGGAACUACAAGACGAGAUAAAAAAAGUGCUGGUGGGUUCAGAGAGAGAGGCUCAGAGACUGCAGGAUCAGGUAGAUGAAGCCAGAGAGCAGAACUCUAAGGACGUCAGUGCACUCCGCAUACAGCUCCACAACAUGCAAACUGAGCUGGAAAAACACUCACGCACCUCACAGGAAUGCAAGAAAGAGCUGUCUCGGCUGGAGGCCGAGUUGGCUCGACGUGAGACAGAGUUGGAGAAGGCUGAGCAAAAGUGUAAACAGCUGGAGAUGAGAGUGCAGGAGCUGCAGGAGUGCAACAAAACUGCACAGGAUGACAAAGACCGACAAGUCAAACUAAUGGAGGCGCGAGUAAGUCAGCUACAGGAUGCCCUGACUGAGGAGCGCAGCAGUGGUGACACACUGGUGCAGAGAAUGGAGAAAGCCAAGGAGCAGGUAGAGCAGGUGAGAGCUGAGUUACUGCAGGAACGAGCAGUUAGGCAGGAUCUGGAGUGUGACAAGAUCAGUUUGGAGAGACAGAACAAGGACCUGAAGAGUCGAGUGUCGCAUUUAGAAGUGUCUCAGAAGUCAAGUCAAGAAGGACUUGUGUCCAAACUAGAGUUGCGAAUUCAGGAGCUGGAGGACAGUCUUCUUGAACAGGAGAGAGACAAUAAGACUCUGGAGCAGGCAAACCGUAUGCUGGAGAGGAAGAUGAAGGAGAUAACUAUGCAGUUGAAUGAUGAGCAGCUCUCACUACAGAACCAGAUGGAUCAGUUAACUCUGAGACUGAAGGUACUAAAGAGGCAGCUGGAUGAGGCAGAGGAAGAGAUAGAGAGACUCGAGAACAGCAAGAAGAAACUUCAGAGGGAACUGGAUGAACAGCAGGAGACCAACGAACAGCUUCAUAGCCAGAUCUCAACCCUGAAAACUGAGCUCAGGCGUAAAACGAAACCGGUUCUAAAGAGUUUAAACGAAGAUGAAGACGAUGAACAGUGGAACCUGAGCACACAUGUGAAGACACAAAAGAACUGAAUUAUUAAUACUCAGUAAUAUUAGAUAUAAUGUAAUGCUAUCACAUGUUUCUGUUCAUUUUUCAUUUCAUACUUAUCUUUUAUAGUGCUAAUGCACUACACAUUUAACUGCCUCUAACCAGAAUGUUUUCUGAAGAUCUACUGCCCCCUUCUGGUAAUAUAAAGAGCAUUGCCUCAUCAUAUAAACAUGAUAGUGGAUUUGAUUCCAGUUCAGUAAUAUUAUGUAUUUCGUAACAAGUUUUAUUAAUCUGUGCUGGCCCAUGUAGAUACUUGUGGCUUAAUUGUGACGACUAAAUAUUACGAAUGUGUUUAAAUAAAGGCAGUUUUGCACAGAA